AUGGCUCAAUCCACCAAGUGCUAUCUUCCCCGGUUCGCUUCGACGGUUGACGGGCCUAAACGCCCAGUCUCGAUGAAGACGAGGCCGACGCCUGCUCAACAUGCGCAGUUGCUAACCGCAUGGAACGAAGGCCGUCUGGACCCAAUGCUUCGAGCCACUUGGGCUCUUUUGUUGCAUUACUAUAUCCGCUCCGAGGAUAUUUGCUUCGGUUACCAACAUCUCGAGGGCGACUCGCGCGCCCCCAAAUCAUCUGUACAGCGUUCUACCGGCGUCAACAUUUCGACGAUCCGCAUAUCCAUCAACGACAACGACUCACUCACGGCAAUUGUAGAUAAGGUGCGCGCAAACAGUGCGAAUAGUCAGGCCAAUGGAAGCUCGGAGGAUGCUUCCGAGGGAUAUCUCCCCUUCAACACCAUCUUCAUGCUGCGCACAUACGACCCGCCUGCUUCUCCUUCAAAACCCAUUUUGGCCACAGCUCUUCCCGACGAGUGCCAAGUCCGUCUUCAUGUUAAGGUGCUGCGUGGAGACAUCAGCAUCUUCCUAGAAUGGCGCAAGGGUGACAUGUCCGGGGAACAAAUGAAGAGUAUCGCAAGCAUUUUUGAGCAGUUGCUUGCCAAAAUCCUUUCUGCUGAGAACACCGCUAUUAGCCAGCUUAAUUUGUUCUCAGAGAACGACUGGCAACGCAUCCGCAAGUGGAACGCCACCCCUCCACAACUCCACGAUCGCUGCAUUCACGAAGCCAUCCACGAUCAGAUGUUGAGCGGGCCCGAUCGUGAGGCUGUGUGUGCGUGGGAUGGCAGUUUGACGUUCGCCGAGUUGGAUCAGCAAGCGUCAAAGCUUGCAUGCCAUCUUCGUAUGCAGGGAGUCGGUCCGGAAGUCCGCGUGGGCUUGUGUUUCGAUAAAUCGAAAUGGAACAUUGUCGCAAUGCUUGGCGUUAUGAAAGCCGGCGGAGCCUUCGUCCCAUUGGACCCGACUCACCCAACUUCCAGACUGCAAGCUCUCAUCCAAUCGGUUCAGGCACCGGUUGUACUGUCCUCUCACCAUCUGGCCGAUAAACUUCGUCCGAUAGUGAAGACUGUAAUACCUCUCUGUGCUGAUACUCUAGAUCCUCUGUCAGACCCCGCCGAGAAUGUCAAUCUGGCGUCCGGUGUCACCAGUCAAAAUGCGGCUUAUGUUCUCUUUACCUCCGGAUCAACAGGAGAGCCCAAGGGAACCCUGUUGGAGCACCGCGCGUUCCUGUCUGGGGCAAUGGUGCAUGGACCCGGUUUGCGGAUUUAUCGCGAGUCGCGAUGCCUCCAAUUCGCCGCCCACACCUUCGAUGCCAGUUUGGCUGAGUCGUUGACGCCCCUCAUUCAUGGUGCAUGUGUGUGUAUUCCGAGUGAGGAAGCUCGACUCAACGAUAUUGUGACCACCAUCAACGAGAUGAGAGUCACCCAAGCGUGCUUCACGCCCUCAUUCAUCGGCUUUAUUGAAAUCGAGAGUGUUCCAGGACUGGAGAGUUUAGUCCUGGCCGGCGAGGCAAUGUCGCAGUCACAGCUGACUACAUGGUCCAAAAUCAAAUUGGUCAAUGGUUAUGGACCUACCGAGGCUAGUGUGGCAUCUGUGCUGAAUUCUAAUGUUACACCUGACACCGAUUGUAAAGAUAUCGGCCUGCCUAUUGGUGUGAGAACUUGGCUUGUCAACCCUGAUAACCACGAUGAACUGGUGCCCGUGGGCUGCCCUGGAGAAUUACUUUUGGAAGGCCCACCCCUGGCCCGGUGCUACGUGAAUAAUCCGCAAAAGACAAACGAAUCGUUCAUCUAUGACCCUGCUUGGACUACAUUGGACCCUGAAAGUGGCUCUAACCGUAGAUUCUACAAGACAGGUGAUCUAGUCAGGUACAACUCCGACACUGGUGCCUUGAAUUACAUCGGCCGCAAGGAUACGCAGGUCAAGGUUCACGGACAGCGAAUCGAACUCGGCGAAAUUGAGAAUCAGCUGAGCAAAGAUCUGAACGUUACCCAUUGCUCUGUAUUCUUCCCCAGGACUGGUUUCUCCAAGGGACGACUGGCGGCAGUUGUCUCUUCUACUGGCUUGCUUGCGGAACAGUCCGAUUCGGACCUGGAGCCUCUAAGACUCGUCUCCGCCUCGAAAAAGGCCGAGCUUGUCCCUGAAAUCAGAGAGCGACUCUCAGCUCGUCUCCCUACCUAUAUGGUCCCUGCGGUUUGGUUGUGUGUUGAAGCGCUGCCACUUCUGCCAUCAGGGAAACUAGACCGCAAGGGUAUUUCCACUUGGGUCGCAGGUAUGGAAAACGACCCAGAUCUUCAGAACAAUGCCUCUGCCGCAAUCGUCGGCACGGAGGCAUCUCAGCCCGCCAACGACAGAGAGGAGGCUUUAGCUGCUGUAUAUAGCCGUGUCCUCAACAUUCCCCGGAACCAGCUCGACUUGAACGAGGGCUUCCUCGCCCUCGGUGGUGAUUCGAUCGCGGCUAUGACAUGCAUUGGUCUUUGCAAGAAGCGCGGGUUUUCUCUCUCUGUACAGGAGCUGCUGCGCAGCAAAUCAAUUCGCGACCUCGCAACUCGUGCAAAGACAAUCGAUCACCUUACGACUUAUGAAGAAGCUGUUGAUGAGCCAUUUAGCUUGUCACCCAUCCAGACCCUCCAUUUUGGUGUACGCAAAGAGGGCCAAGGCCACUUCAAUCAAGGAAUCCUCACUCGUUUGAACAAACCUGUCGACGAGCAAACCCUCCGCAAGGCGGUCGAAACUCUGAUAUCCCGCCACUCAAUGCUCCGCGCACGAUUCACGGACACGGGAUUCGCGACAGCAUCCAGUCAACAUAUCACUCGGGAUAUUAAGGGAUCCUACAGAUGGCGGAUGCAUACUCUUGGCAGCAUGGAUGAGGUCAAGAUCCAUGUCGCUGACAGCCAAUCUUCUAUCAACUGCUUCUCUGGGCCCUUGCUGGCAGUCGAUUAUUUCUUGGUAAAGGGCCAGCCUAAUGUCCUGUCCAUGACAGCUCAUCACUUGGUUGUUGACAUUGUCUCCUGGAGAAUCAUUCUGGAAGAUUUGGAAGACAUCAUCUUAAACCCCAAGAAGACAGGAACCAGUGAUGCCUCCUUGCCUUUCCAGACCUGGUGCCGCCUGCAGAAUGAGCACUGCAAAACGCUCCGGACUGAGCGUAAAGUUGCAACUGACGCUCUCGCAGUACCUGACUUUGGUUACUGGGGGCUUAAGGACACGCAAACCACAUAUGGCGAUGUGGAUUGUGCAUCGUUUGAGAUCGACCCAGCCCACACCAAUGCCAUCCUCCUUGAUUGUCACAAAGCUCUUGGCACGGAGCCAAUUGACCUCUUCCUCGCAGCAAUGCUCCACUCAUUUGGCCGAGCCUUUCCCGAUCGUUCUCUUCCAACUAUUUACAAUGAAGGUCACGGACGAGAAGUUUGGGACCCGUCCAUCGAUAUCUCGCACACCGUCGGCUGGUUCACCAUUCUGCACCCUAUCUUCUUGUCCGCAUACAACGCAGGUAACCCCAUAGAUACCCUCAUCCAGGUGAAGGAUCUUCGCCGCCGUGUCUCGGACAAUGGUCGCGCGGAUUUCACCAGCAGAGUUUUGCCAGCCCAGGGCAACCGUCAAUCUGAGCACCCACACCCCUUCGAGAUGUCGUUCAACUACGUAGGCCAACAUCGAGAUCUGCAGAGAAAGGAUGGUGUCUUCCAGCUUGUUGAUCAGAUGGCUGGAGAAGCUGGCCAAGGAGGCGGUGCCGCUGACUUUGGAACCGAUACUCCCCGCUUUGGUUUGUUUGAAAUCUCCGCGAUGGUCGUUGCUGGAAAGGUUCGAUUCAACUUCUCCUUCAAUAGGUUUAUGCAGCACCAGAAUCGUAUCCACAGAUGGGUUUCUGAAUGCCAGAAGCUGCUGGUGACUCUCGCUGAACAGCUUCCUUCCCUGGGCCCGCGUUUGACACUCAGCUCAUUCCCAAUGCUUUCGUUGACCUACCCAACCCUGGAGAAGUUGCUCAACGAGAAGUUGCCUGCUAUCGGUAUUGCUUCCCCGGACCUUGUUGAGGAUAUCUACCCUUGCUCUCGCAUGCAGCAGGGUAUCCUCCUUGGUCGCAAGCGUGAUAGCUCCUACUACGCUGUCCACGACACCUUUGAGAUUAAGGCUACCGGAUCUAGCGAGCCGAAUCUCGAUCGCUUGGUCAAUGCAUGGCAGCAGGUUGUCUCUCGUCAUGCGAUGUUCCGCACCAUCUUUGUUGAGAACCUCACUCCUCGGGACCCCUUCUGCCAGGUCGUACUGAAGAGCUACGAUGCCACUCCAGUGUUCUUGCAGUCUUCCGGGGAAAGUGAUGUUAUUGCCACAUUUGACAAGGAAGACCCCAAGGAUUACAGCGAGGCCACACCAGCCUACCGCUUCACUAUUUGCCAGACACCCAGUGGCAGGCUGUUUGCUCGCAUUGAGAUGAGUCAUGCUGCGAUGGACGGUAACUCUAUCUCAAUCAUCCUCCGUGACUUGCAGCUCGCGUACGCUGGUAGACUUGAGGAAACCCCUCAGCCGUUAUUCAAGGAUUACAUGGAGUACCUCCAGGAUGCGCCAAAGGAGGCCAGCAUCAACUAUUGGCGCUCGUACUUGGACCAAGCCAAGCCCUGCCACUUCCCUGCUCUUACUGACGGUCAACAGUCUGCGAAGGCACUCCGCUCCAUUCCGGUCAACUUUGGAGCACUCAAUGAACUGCAGACUGUCUGCGAGAAGCGCGGAAUUACUCUUGCGAAUGUCUUCAAUGCCGCUUGGGGCCUCACUCUUCGCGCCUUCUGUGGAUCUGACGAUGUCUCAUUCAGUUACAUGGCAUCCCUGCGUGAUGUGUCUGCUGAGGGCGUCCAGUGGGUCAUUGGACCAGUUAUCAACCUUCUAGUCUGCCGUAUGAGGGUUGCAGAUGAUGCAAAGCUCAGUGAUGUGCUGCAUCAAAUUCAGAAUGACUACGUGGAGAGCCUUGCUUACCGUCACACUUCCCUCAUUGACAUUCAGCAUGCUCUGAAGCUUUCAGACACCAAUUUGUUCAAUUCUGGUGUCUCCUACCGCCGUCUUCCCAGUUCCAAAGACGCUGUUAGCAGUGAUAUCGAGUGUGUUGAGGUUGGCUCAAUCCACGAUCCCGCUGAGUUCCCAGUUUUCAUUAACAUCGAGGCAAUGGACACUACCGCUCGCAUCGACCUCAACUACUGGACUACCAACCUCUCUGAUUCACAAGCUGCCAAUGUAGCCAACACCUAUCUGCGUUGCCUCGAGAACAUUGUGUCAAACAUUGACGGUGAACUCCGCCAGCUAGACAACUUGAGCGACGAAAACCGAGCCCAGAUUAUGGCUUGGAACAGCAAGACACCCAAGCCAUUUGAGAAGUGCGCCCAUCAGGUUGUCCAAGAGAUGGCCAAGAAGCGCCCUGAUGCAUUGGCCGUCACCGCUUGGGAUGGGAACUUGACUUACUCGAAGCUGGAUCAAUUUUCCUCCCGCUUGGCAAGCUAUCUUGUCACCUUCGGCGUCGGUCCUGGAACCCUAAUCCCCGUUUGCUUCGAAAAAUCUGUGUGGAACAUCGUCUCCACCUUGGCAAUUAUGAAAGCCGGUGGUGGCUGUAUUCCAGUUGCCACACCUGAGAGUUUCACGCUUGUUGAGAAGUGGAUUGUCGACAACGCCGUCCAAGUCGCUCUGGCUGCCCCGGAGAAGGCUCAGGUUCUUGAGGAUGCCGUGCCGUACGUCAUCCCUGUAAGCGAGUCUCUUCUCGAGUACCUCGCCGACGAGGUCCUUAACCCCAUGGCAAAACCAUCCGACAUCGCAUACGUUGCUAUGAGUGCCGGCACCUCGGGCCCGGCUAAGAGUGUGGUCCUUGACCACUCAACUGUUAUGACCCGAGCCGAGGCAUUCGCUACAACGAUGGCGAUUGCCGAUGUCUCUAGGACCCUACAGUUCGCAACGCACACAUCCGAUGCAUUCAUCGUGGAGACAUUCGGCACUUUCAUGUGGGGUGGUUGCAUUUGUAUCCCGGCUGAUAUUGAUCCCGUCACCUUAGCCGCUUCUAUCAACGCAUUCCAUGUUAAUGUUGCUAGCAUCACCCCGACUGCCGCAAGCUUCUUCUCACCCAAGGAUGUUCCGGGAAUGCGAUCGAUCGCGUUGGGCGGCGAAGUUGUUUCACAGAGCGUUCUUGACCACUGGCAGACCGAUGACCUCCAGGUCCAGGUCUUGUAUGGAACAUGUGAGAGCUCGGCUGCAUCCUUCCACGUUUUCUGCUCCCAGGAUGAAAACGAACCUGGACUUAUUGGAAAGAGCACUUCUUGUGUUUCGUGGGUUGUUGAUCCCUCCAACCACGAUUAUCUCGUUCCGAUCGGCAGUGUUGGGGAGCUGGUUCUCGAAGGUCCUGUUCUUGCCCGCGGCUACCUUGACGAACAGCUCGUUCAGACCGUAGACUUCUUUGACAAUGCUUCUUGGCUUUCUGGAAAUCGAGAUGGGGGUAAAUAUGGCCUUUUCAAGACCGGAGAUCUUGUUCGGUACAAGUCAGAUGGCUCUCUCGUUUUUGUUGGUCGCAAGAGCGAUAAGAAGGAAUCCGCCCUGGCGAGUGAGCUUAUUCAAACUCAGGCUCGCGUUGAUUCCUUCCUAGACAACAAGCGGAAGUGCGUUGUGGAGAGUGUGCAGCUGCUACGCGAUAAUGUGAAGACCAAUGCUCUUGUUGCUUUCGUGGUUUCUUCAGAUACCAACCCCGUCACUUUCGGAGAUCGCGUCCUCCAGUCCGCCACUGCUCAACUCAAAGACGCUGUUUCUAGCCUGCACGCCAAUCUGAGUACCAGUCUUCCUGGUAGUAAGGUUCCGAGUUUCUAUAUCCCCAUUUCUUCCCUCCCCUUGACCCUAUGUGGAAAGCUAAACCGCCAGGCCCUCAAAACCGAAACACAAGCGCUUCCAAGCAGUGUUAUUGAGGCUUUUGAGAUCCAGCAUUGGAAUGGAUCUAAGGCUAGCCACCGCGUUUCUCGGCAUGCUAGCCUCUCCGAAGCCAAUGUGGCUUUCUGGAAGGAGUACCUUGCCGAUGUUGAGCCCUGUAUUUUCCCGGCACUCGUCCAUGGGGCAAGCGACAAUACCCGCUCCAAACGCACGCUCAACAAGCAGACAGCUAAAAUCCACGCCUUCAGCAGAAUGUCUGGCCUUCCUGUGGAAAAUCUCUUCCAGUUUGCCUGGGCUGUUGUCCUCCGGUGGUACACCGGCUCAGACGACGUGUGCUUUGGGUAUUCUGCCUCAGCUUCGGCGACUAAAUCGGAGGCUGAAGGUAUUGCCACCUGCCGCUUCCUCGUGCAGAACGAGCAAAAGCUGCAAGAGACCCUCGGAAAAGCAAAGAAGGACUCCGAGAACAGGGCAUUGAACGUCGCUCCUUUGCACGCUGUUAAACACCAGCUUGGACUGGAUGAUACAAUGCUUUUCAACACCUCCCUGAUUUAUCACAUGGCUUCGAAUCUCCCCAAAGCGAACACCCGUGAACCAAUCAGCUCCAGUGCUUACAAGAUCUUGGUCGAAGCUGAAGUCUCGCACUCCCACGCCCAGGUCCAUUUCAACUACUCCUCAGAAUCCCUUUCCUCCUUCCAGGUCAAUCAUGUCAUGGAUAUGUUUGAGCAGGUUUUGGAUGAUGUGAUUGUCCACAAUCUCGGUGGCCGUACCAUCGGGGACCUCAAUAUAUUCCCCGAGCGCUCCGUUCGCCAAAUCCGUGAUUGGAAUGCCGCAUCCCCUCCACGAGUAGAGAAGUGCGCCGACGAGCUCAUUCAACAGCAGGCCCUCCUGCACCCCCGCGCAGAAGCCGUCUGCUCCUGGGACAAGAAUUUCACCUACGGGCAGCUUGAGAUUGUCUCCAGUCGGUUGGCUCGCCAUCUCUCAAGUCUUGGAGUCAAGCCUGAGGGCUUCGUGGUGCUGUGUUUCGAGAAGUCAGCCUGGGCUGUCGUAGCUCAGCUGGCUGUUCUCAAGGCCGGCGGAGCAUUCGUCUCGAUUGACCCAUCUCACCCCGAUUCCCGAUUGAAGAUGCUUAUUGAUGAAAUUGGCACCAGCCUUGUGUUGUGCUCCUCUUCACUCCACACCAAAGUUUCGAAGCUCUGCGCGAAAUCGUUCGCUGUCUGCCAGACUUCAAUCUCUCAACUUCCUGACUCGCCCUUGGCUUUAGCUGGUGUUCGUCCUACUCCGGAAAAUGCUGCAUAUGCUAUCUUCACCUCUGGUACUACCGGAAAGCCGAAAGCAACUGUUGUCGAGCAUACUGCCCUUAGCACUACCGCGAUUGCUAUGAGCGAUUCCCUCCACAUGAACUCCACAACACGUGCUUUGCAAUUCUCUAACUACACCUUCGACGUCAGCAUCCUAGAGAUCAUGAUGGUCCUCAUGACUGGUGGUUGUGUCUGUAUCCCAAGUGAAGAGGAACGUAUGAACAACCUGGGUGGUGCCAUUCGCCGCAUGGAAGCCACCUUCAUCUCGGCACCUCCUGCCAUUGUCAACACCCUAGAGCCGAAGAACGUUCCCACCCUCAAGGUAAUUAUCACAGGAGGCGAGAAGAUGCCCGCCAACCACAUUGACCGCUGGGGCGACCGGUGCGUCAUCAAUGCCUAUGGUCCCUCCGAGGCCACUGUCGUUGCUACAGUUGGUGUCAAGGUCGAUUGGGAUGGUAACCGUGUUAAUGAUGAUCCUACAUCGAUUGGAACAUCUUCAAACUGUAGAGCCUGGAUUGUGGAUCCGAGUAACUCCAAUCGUCUUCUGCCUGUUGGCGGAGUCGGUGAACUGAUUCUUGAAGGAAGUAACAUUGCGCGUGAAUACCUUGGCAACGAGGAAAAAACCAAGGCCUCUUUCUUCAAGAACCCUACUUGGAACCGUCACUCUGGCUUGCAGGGCGUGUUCAAGCGAAAUGAUCGCAUGUACCGCACUGGUGAUCUGGUUCGCUAUAACAGCGACGGCAGUCUAGCCUUCAUCUCCCGCAAAGACACUCAGAUCAAGUUCAAUGGCCAGCGAAUUGAACUCGAGGAGAUCGAACAACAAUGUUUGCGCUGCCUGCCCGAGGACUCUCAGGUCGCUGUUGAUGUCGUUGUUCCCGAGGAACGGACCAUUGCCAAGGGCCUCGCCGCAUUUUUCACCGUCCAUGACCCAAAUUCGAAUGGUGGGAGCAGCGAUCAAUUCGCCCCCACAAUUUCUGGUGCCGAUCCACUUCUACUGCCGAUCUCUGUGUCGAACAUGGACGCUAUUCAGAAGUUAAAGGGUUCUCUGCCCGAACUUCUGCCUCAGAGUAUGAUGCCCAGACUCUUCUUCCCUAUCCGCAACCUCCCCUUCACUUCCUCCGGAAAGAUCGAUCGCCGAAGACUGCGGGCUAUGGUCCAGUCCUUGUCAAAGGAGACUCUCAAGUCAUAUAUUACCUUCAACACCUCCGACAAAAGGGAGGCUUCUUUGGCCACUGGCCUCGAGACUCAGCUUGUGGCACUGGUGGAAAAGACACUCGACCUUGAAGCUGGCUCUGUGACAGCCGAUGACAGCUUCUUCGGUCUCGGUGGUGAUUCCUUGUCCGCCAUGAACCUCGUCGGCGCUGCUCAGGCAGAGGGCAUCGCCCUUACUGUCUCGAGCAUCUUCAAUUCUCCAAUCUUGAUCGACAUGGCAAAGAGCUGUGUCGUAUCUGAUGCAUCUUGUGAAGUUAAGAAAGAAAACACCAAGUCGUUCUCUCUCCUACCCUCUGGGAUUUCCCUCGAAAACGUGAUGGAUGAGGUCACCGACAACUGCGAAGUAUCCGAGGACGUUGUCAGCGAUAUUUACCCCUGCAGUGCUGUGCAAGAGGGUCUUCUGACCCUCUCUAUUAAACACAAUGGUGCUUACGUUGCUCAGCCAUCGUUCCGUCUUGCUCCUGGCAUAGAUGUCGGUAAAUUCAAAGAGGCCUGGCAACAAACAGUGGCUGACUUGGAAAUCCUUCGCACUCGUAUUGUCCACACCGAGGCCAUGAACUUUGCUCAAGUUGUCCUGAAGGAUGGCCCCAUCUCCUGGGUCGAAGCAGAGUCAUUCGAUGCUUUGCCGAACGACUUCCUUCAUCUCCCCAAGCAAAAUGGAGCACCUCUCACUGGUUACGCCAUUGUGCAGCCUCGUGGAUCUUCUGAUAGCUACUUCAUUUGGUCCGUUCAUCACGCCCUUUAUGAUGGUUGGAGUAUCCCCUUGGUAUUCCGCAAGGUUGAAGAGAACUACUUUGCCUCACAGACCAAGCGUGCUGGCACGCCUUACAGUCUGUUCAUCGACUACCUAGUCAAGAAGGACAUGGAGGAGUCUGACGCUUUCUGGAAGUCUUAUUUGACAGACCUGUCCAGCACUCCUUUCCCACACAACAAAAAUGCUCUGCCUGAUGCCAUGCGUGCUGGAAACACCCAGCACCACACAAUGAAGGUUUCCCGCUCUCGCAACAGCGUGGACUUUACGAUCCCUGUCCUCAUGCGCGCUGCAUGGGCAAUCGUCAUUGCAACCCACACUGCAUCUGGUGAUGUCUGCUUUGGUGAGACUUUGUCGGGCCGAAACAUCGAUCUUCCUGGUGUCGCAGACAUUGCUGGUCCUGUUUUGACCACUGUCCCCACCCGUGUCCAGGUUGACAAUACCUCGUCUACCAUGGAGUACUUACAAAAGAUCCAUCAGUCUACCACCGACAUGAUCCCACACUUGCACUCUGGUCUGCAACGUAUCCGCCAGCUGAACAAGGAUACUGCCACAGGCUGCGAUUUCAAGAACUUGCUCGUGAUCCAGCCAGGCGACGGUGAACUUGACAACAAGAUCUGGAUUGAUGAGAAACGUGAAACAAGCGAAGACUUCUUCACCCACCCCCUUGUUGUCGAAUGUGGUAUUACCAAGACCAGCAUCUCAUUCACUGUGCACCACGAUGAGCUCGUCAUCAACGGAUGGCAGACUAAGCGCAUCACUGAGCAAUUUGCGCAUGUUCUGCAGCAAUUGAUUGCCCUGCCCAAGAACAGCGCGAGCAAGCUUGGAGACUUGGAGGUGAUAAGCCCCGAAGAUAAAGCUGAAAUUGGUACAUGGAACGAACGCAUUCCGCUCACGGUGGAACGGACUGUUCAGGAUUUCAUUCGUGAGAAGUGCGAUGCGACUCCAAACGCUCAGGCUGUGUGUGCCUGGGAUGGCGACCUCACCUAUAGAGAAUUCUGGGACCUGGCAUCUGGCUUCGCCAACUACCUGGUCUCUCGCGGAGUUGGCCCAGAGGUCUUUGUUCCAGUCUGCUUGGACAAGUCAGCUUGGGCAAUGGUUACCCUCAUCAGUGUGCUCAUCGCUGGCGGUGGGUAUGUGCCUUUGGAUCCCUCCCACCCUACCUCGAGACACGAGGAAAUUCUCGCUGAUGUCGGUGCCAACAUGAUACUGUGCACUCCUAACUACACAAACCGCUACAGCCGAGUUGUCAAGACUGUUAUCCCCAUCAGCAAGGAUACGAUCAAGGCCUAUGGCGCUCUGAAGUCAUCUGGCCGUCGCCACACUGAAGUCAAGCCCUCCAAUAUGGCUUAUGCUCUGUUCACUUCUGGCAGCACUGGUCGAGCCAAGGGAAUUAUUGUCGAGCAUCGCAAUGUGGUCAGCAGUAUUAUGGCAUUCGCGCCGUGGGUUCGCAUGGACCAGACCUCGAGAGUAUUCCAAUUCGCCUCUCUCACUUUCGAUGCCGCUGUUAUGGAGACGCUUGCAAUUCUCAUGCUCGGAGGUACAAUCUGUGUCCCCAGCGAAGACGACCGUCUGAAUGAUGUUGCCGGUGCCAUCCGUCGACUCAAUGUCACUUGGACUUUCCUCACUCCCUCAAUUGCCAGUAUAAUUGAGCCAUCCUCGGUGCCUUGCUUGAAGCACCUUGUUUGCGGUGGUGAGAAGAUGUCCAAUGAAGUCAUCACUAAGUGGGCUAAUGCUGUCCACCUUAUGAAUGGGUACGGACCGACCGAGACGUGUGUCUUUGCAGUGAUUGAUAAUGCGGUCGCUACCAACCGUGAUCCUGGUCGUAUCGGUUAUGGUAUUCCUAGUACUCUUACUUGGAUUGUUGACCCCGACAACCACGAUCGGCUUGCCCCCCUGGGAGCAGUCGGCGAACUUGCACUUGAAGGCGCUCCCUUGGCUCGGGAGUACCUCAAGAACCCCGAGAAAAAUGCAGAAGCAUUCACCACGGACCCUGCCUGGAUCAAGGACUUCACGCCCGCGGUCCCUGGUCCCCGCCGAAUCUACAAAACUGGCGAUCUUUGCUACUACAACCCUGAUGGUUCUGUUCAGUACAUCAGCCGGAAGGAUCACCAGGUCAAAUUGCAUGGCCAGCGGAUGGAGCUGGGUGAGAUUGAGCACCGCCUUUCUGAGGAUGUUCUUACCCGCCACGCUGUCGUCGUUCUCCCGAAGAAUGGUCCACUUAAGCAGCGCUUGGUGACUGUCAUGUCUCUGAACAGUGUUCCAGCCGACACAAAGCUGAUUUCUGACAAGCCAUGCGAGCUUGUUGACGAGGAUGAGCUUGAGCGUCAUGCUUACAACGAGCUCGUCGAAGUCCAGCAGAACCUCGAGAACCAGCUGCCCAUUUACAUGGUCCCGCAGACUUGGGCUCUUAUCAAGAAGCUUCCCAUGCUCGUUUCUGGAAAGCUUGAUCGAAAGAAGAUCACUGCUUGGGUUGAGGACAUUGAUGAUGUGUCCUAUGACCGUAUCAUGGCGGAUUAUGAUCGCAUCAAGCGUGGCAAGACAGAAGAAAAGCCACAAGACAAACAAGUGAAGAAUGGAUCGCUCGAAAUUGUCCGCGACAUCUUCGCACAGGUGUUGAACAUCUCCCUACAAAAAGUCAAUGUCGACCGCUCUUUCGUCAGCCUGGGCGGCGACAGCAUCACUGGAAUGGCUGUCAUUUCUCGCGCGCGCAAGCAGGGACUUGUUCUCACACUGCACGACAUCCUUCAGAGCGGAUCAGUUAAGGCACUUGCUCAAACCGCUACUGCCAAAGCACCUGUCGCUAGACGCGAAGAGAAGUCUGGUGAAGGCUUCGCGCUUUCGCCUGUCCAGAGGCUCUACUUCCAGUGUUCGGACUCCUUCAAGGGCACUGCUCGAUUCAACCAGAGCAUCACUGUUCGCAUCGCUCGCCGUUGUGAGGGUGAGGUGCUCAAGCGCGCUCUCAAGGCUGUUAUUAGCCAGCAUGUUAUGUUCCGCGCACGCUUCAGCAAAUCCAAUGGCGGCACCUGGCAACAGAAAACCGCAGCGGAGGUUGAUGAAUCCUUCCGAUUCCGCGUCCACUCUGUGGGCGAUACCCGGGCGAUGGUUCCGAAGAUUGCUGACAGUCAAACUUGCCUGGAUCCUGUCAAUGGACCUAUACUGGCGGCUGACCUGUUCAACCUUCGCACUGGUGGUCAGGUCUUAUUCCUUGUCGCUCACCAUCUCUGCAUUGACAUGGUAUCAUGGCGCAUCGUGCUUCAGGACCUCGAAGAGCUCGUUGUUUCUGGAUCUCUCUCACUCGAAAAGGCAUUGUCCUUCCAAAGCUGGUGUGCCAUGCAGGCCGAGAGAGCCAAGACGCACGAUGCUGCUCUUGCUCUGCCUUUCACCCCCGAGAAGCCGAACUUGCUUUACUGGGGCAUGCAAGACUCACCCAAUGUGUAUGGGGAUAUCAAGAUGGAAUCCUUCACGUUGAGCGAGGAUAUCACCCAAUUUAUUAUGGAUGACUGCCACAGUGUCUUCCGGACUGACACUGUGGACAUCCUGCUGUCUGCUAUUGUCCAUUCCUUUGGUCGGACCUUCACCGAUCGCAAGGUUCCGACUAUUUACAACGAAGGCCAUGGCAGAGAACCAUGGGAAGCCGACAUUGAUCUUUCCAGAACGGUUGGCUGGUUUACUACCAUGACACCUUUGCUAGUGGAUCCGGAAGCUCGUAAGUUCAACCUGCCUCAUCUUCCCAACAAAAAGCUAACGCAAGAAGGUGCUCUUACCGACAUUAUCAAGCGUGUCAAGGACACCAGGCGCAAGAUUGCAGACAACGGACGUCCUUACUUCGCUAAAAGCCUGCUUCAGGACCAGACUGCGGAUUUCCCUGUCCCGUUGGAAAUCCUAUUCAACUAUCUGGGUAAAAUGCAGCAGCUUGAGCGAGCUGAUUCGUUGUUCCAUCAUCAUGGCAAUGUCUUUGAUAGCUCGGACUUUGCUGUCGCAGGCGACAUGGGCCCUCAGACUGCUCGUUUUGCCCUCUUCGAAGUAUCUGCUAUUGUAAUCAAAGACCGCUUGAAUGUUGCCUUUACCUACAACAACAAAAUGCAACAUGAGGGCCCAAUCCGCCGCUGGAUUCUCCAGUGCAAGCAGACUCUCGAGAAGGAUAUCCUCACACUGAGAACCACUACUCCUGAGCCCACUCUCAGCGACUAUCCGCUCCUCCCAAUCAACUAUCACGGCCUCCAGAUGCUCACCGCAAGCACCUUCCGUAAGGCGGGUAUUCGGAGCAAGGAUGACGUCGAGGAUAUCUACCCCUGCUCUCCCAUGCAGGAGGGCCUCUUGCUUAGCCAGCUCCGUGAUCCGAAUGCCUACAUGUUCCAUACUGUGUUUGAGAUCAAGGAUGCAAAAUCUGGCAAGGUCGAUGCCGAAGGACUCGCCCGCGCCUGGCAAGCCCUCGUCGACCGUCACCCAGUGCUGCGAACUAUUUUCGUCGACAGCAACUACACAGGUGGAUCCUUCGAUCAACUGGUGCUCAAGAACCUUUCUGACAAUAUCCUCCGCGUGGAAUGUCAAGACUCGCAAGUUGAGGAGAAGUUAGCUGCCAUCUCUCUUCGUGAUAGGAAUGCCAUGCGCCAAUCGAAGCUUUCUCACCAACUGACCGUCUGCAAAACAAAUACCGGACGCGUGAUCCUCAAGCUGGAGAUUAACCAUGCCAUUAUCGAUGGUGGCUCGGUUGAUGUACUCCUACGUGACCUGACUCUCGCCUACGAGCGGAAGAUCGCCGAGGGAUCAGGUCCUCUCUUCAGCGACUAUAUCAAGUUUAUCAGAACUCAGAGCCAGAGUGACGCUCUUAAUCACUGGAAGCAAUACCUGGGCGGAGUUAGGCCAUGCCACCUUGCUCCAUCGGCUGUCUUCGAAGCCAAGAGAGAACUAAAGGGUGUUAUGAUGAACUUCCAGCGAUUCCCUGAGCUGCUUCAGUUCUGCGAGCGCAGCUCUGUGACUCUCGCCAACCUGACCCUGUCCGCCUGGGCCAUCGUCCUGCGGCAGUUCACUAACUCCGAUGACGUUUGUUUCGGAUAUCUUUCAGCCGGUCGCGAUGCCCCUGUCAAUGGCAUCCAGGACAUGGUUGGAAUCUUUAUUAACAUGCUUUGUUGUCGAGUUCAGUUCUCCGACCGGCAGACCUUGGCAGAUGUGUCGAAGAAUGUUCAAGAUGCCCACGUUAGAUGCAUUCCUCAUCAAAGCUGCUCUUUGGCCAGUAUCCAACACGAGCUUGGUUGGCAAGGACAGUCCCUCUUCAAUACUACCUUAUCAAUCCAGAACCACUCCGUUGCGGGUGGUGCCAAGGACAAGGGUUUGUCCUUCGAUCUUCAGCACGCACACGAUCCCAGCGAGUAUGCGGUCACUGUAAACGUUGAGAUUGCCCGAGGCCAGGAGGGUGUUCUUUUGAGAUACUGGAACGAUACUGUAUCUGACGAAGAAGCCCAGGCUCUAGCUGACACCAUCGCCAAGGUGUUCACCGGCUUCAUUGAAUCCCCGGCUGCGACCUUGUUGCAGUCCAAAUUCGCCUCCGAGGCUGAGCCCGAGUCAUUGGAUUGGGAUCGCUCCCAGACCACACUGGCUGACAAGGCAAAGUCGACUGGCGAAGCGAUUGACAGCAGUGCUAUUCAGAAAAUUAUUGAUGAUCGUGUUCACGAGAUUAUUGGUCAGAUGUUGAGAGAAGGAAAACUGACGGUGCCUCCCAUCCGUACGGAAGGGUUGUCAAACUAUGGUGGUCACACUGACACCAUACCCGACUCACCGUACCAGUUAGGUAUCCAAGGAGCAGAUGAUUCAGGUGUUUGUUCGGCGACCUCCCGAUCCAGUGAGGAUGGGAUGUCGGCCGAUGUGGAAAGGAAACUGUGGAAUCUUUGGAGCACAGCGCUUGGUCUCUCACCCAACGCGGUAAGACACCAGGACAGCUUCUUCAAGUUGGGUGGUGACAGUAUAACCGCUAUGAAGAUGGUCAGUGCUGCUCGCGAAGAGGGCCUGGUCCUUACCGUUGCAGAUGUCUUCAACAACCCUGUGUUCGAGGACAUGCUGUCAACAGUACGAGCCGCGAACGUCACUCAGCAGAUGCUGAAUGUCGAUCUCAAGUCUGGCGGUCACAGGGAGGUUGAUAGUGACUUGCUCAAUAUCACCCCGACGACACUGGGGCCCAGCCCCUCCACUGAGAGCCUCGAGGUUCUCAGGCCAUCGUGCAUCGAUGAUGCCGCGGUCCAAAGCGGUAUCUGCCCUAAGAUCGGUGUCUUCAAGGGUGGUAUAGCCGAUGUCCUACCUGUCACAGACUUCCAGGCUAUGUCUCUGACGGCAACUCUCUUCAAGUCGCGAUGGAUGCUUAACUACUUCUAUCUCGAGGGCAAUGGUCCCUUAGACCUGAGACGCCUUCGUGAGAGUUGCUUGAAGGUGGUCGAUGCCUUUGAUAUUCUACGGACAGUCUUUGUGUGCUUCCAUGACCAGUUCUUCCAGGUCGUGUUGCGCAAGAUCCGCCCCAGCAUCUUUGUUUAUGAGACUGACCGCGCUCUGGAUGAAUUCACCAUGACCCUCCAACAGAGAGAUCGCGAAUAUGGAUCCCGCGAAGGCGAGCAGUACGUGCAGUUCUACGUUGUCAAGAAGAAGGGCAGCGACCAGCACCGUAUCUUGGUCCGUCUUUCUCACACUCAAUAUGAUGGAGUGUGCUUGCCGAAGAUCAUGGCUGCCAUUAAGCACGGAUAUGAAGGCACCCCGCUUCCCCCGGUGACUCCCUUCGCUGGAUACUUGCGCCAGUUGCCAGGAACAAUUACCCCAGACCAUUACCGCCACUGGACCGAUCUUCUCAAGGGCUCCCGCAUGACCCAAGUUGUCCACAGAAAGGGCACCAGCAUGUUCCAGAACGUUGGAGCAUUCACCGAGAUUCAUAGAAAGAUUGAGAUCCCGCCUACUGCCCUUGGAAAUGUCACCAUCGCAACUGUCAUGCAGGCUGCCUGGGCUCUGGCCCUUGCCAAGCUAACUGCUCAAUCCGAUGUGGUAUUUGGUCUGACAAUCAGCGGUCGGAACGCCACAGUGCCCGGCAUUGAUAACACCGUUGGCCCCUGCGUUAAUGUCAUUCCAGUGCGCGUGAAGCUUGACGAGAAAUGGACUGGUGUCGACCUCUUCCGCUACCUCCAAGAUCAGCAGGUCUCCAAUAUGCCCUUCGAGUCUCUGGGCUUCCGCGAGAUCAUCAAGCAAUGUACCGAUUGGCCUGACUGGACCUACUUCACCACCUCGGUCUUCCACCAGAAUGUCGACUACGAGGGAACCAUGGAGCUAGACACCAACAAGUACCGCAUGGGUGGUGUUGGCGUCAACGACAACCUGGCCGAUCUCACCAUGGUCUCCCGCCCCUCUGGCGAACGUGACCUCGAUGUCACCCUCGGCUACUCCGAAAAGGGGCCUGUGAUGCCAUUCUUUGCAUCAAAGGUUCUUGACAUGGCCUGUGAGAUUGCGCAGUCACUCGUGGCCAACCCAACAGCCUCGCUGCCCUCCGCGAGCAUGCUGCGCUCUCUCCCACCUCAGACCAUCGACGACCUGUCUCGACCAACGGACGAACACUUCCUCAGUGCACAUCUCAAGUCACGCUCCAUCGCAGAGUUGCUUGUGCAUUCUGAUAUUCUAUCUCGCUCAUGGCACCAGGUCCUCCCCAGCCCCGCUACCACGGGCCCCGUCGACCCAGAAGCUGAAAAGCCCACUCACCAAUCCGCGUUCCAGUUGGACUCAUCCUUCUUUGACCUCGGUGGUGAUGUCUUCAAUCUGGCUCAGCUUACCUGGCUUCUUGAGCAAGAGGGGCUCAAGGUUCGCCUUGAGGAUCUCAUUGAACAUCCCUCUUUCCUGGGCCAAAUGGCCGUGCUGGCUUUGCAUAAUUCCAAGCACGUGGAUGAUAAGCCAGCAGAGAUUCUUGCCACCGGUGCUGCAUCCCCUGAUCCUGUCGCUCGCAUCGAGAAGAAGAAGACAUGGUCGAAGGCGGCCAUGACCAUUGCGCGAAAGUUGACCGGGCGAAACACAGUCACCACUCGAGCUUGA